AUGCAGGAAUGGCCCAACCCUGUUCUCCUGAAGCAGCCAGAGGACUGCAACCUGAACCUGCCAGUCUGGGACCCCAGGGUGACCCCCAGUGACCGGUAUCACCUGAUGCCCAUCAUCACACCAGCCUACCCCCAGCAGAACUCCACCUACAACGUCUCUGCCUCUACACGUGCCGUCAUGGUGGACGAGUUCAAACAGGGUCUGUCCAUCACAGAUGAAAUUUUGCAGAGUAAAGCAGAGUGGUCCAAACUAUUUGAAGCACCAAACUUCUUUCAGAAAUACAAGCAUUAUAUUGUGUUGCUAGCGAGCGCCCCCACCGAGAAGCAGCACCUGGAGUGGGUUGGUCUGGUUGAGUCUAAGAUCAGGAUCUUAGUAGGAAACCUGGAGAAGAAUGAGUUCAUAACGUUGGCCCAUGUCAACCCCCAGUCAUUCCCCGGACCCAAGGAAAGCAGGGAGAAAGAGGAGGUCAGCACCAUGUGGGUGAUAGGGGUUAUCUUUAAGAAGAUGGAGGCAUCAGAGAACCUCAACGUUGACCUAACCAUUGACAUCCAGUCCUUUACUGACACAGUGUACCGGCAGGCGAUGAACAGCAAGAUGUUUGAGGCGGACAUGAAGAUCCAGGCCAUGCAUGUGAAGAGGAGACAACUUCACCAGCUACUGCCCAACCUGGUCAUGCCCAAACGCAGGAAGCACUCGACAGAGGGGCUUCGUCAGAUGAAUGACAGUAGUCUGGACCUAUCGUUGGACAGCGACAACAGUAUGUCAGUGCCGUCCCCCACGGCCUUGCCAGCCACUGUGCCCACGUCAACCCCAGUGAAGUGUGGCCCACUAGGUCCCCCUCCAAGUCCCAUGGCGGCUGCAGCCAGCCAGCCUGAGGCCCCGGCUGUGAAGAGACCUGGCUCCCCUACGCAGGAAGACAGGAAGAGGUUAAAAUCAGAUGCUGAGGAUUCAGCCAUUGAGAAGAAGCCUUCAGGAGACCCAGUCCCCACAAGCCUGACCCCCUCUCCUCCGCCCACCAUGGGCCCCCCAGCGGCCCCCCAGACCUCUCGCCAGGAGAUGCUGGAGGAGGAGGACCCCUCCCCGGUCCCAGAGACUAGGACAACAGAGGAUGGUGCAGCUGCUGGAGAGGAGUGCACCACUGUGGAGACACAGGUCAGUGAGGACAGGAUGUCUGAGGAGAUGCAUGCUUCUGAAGGGGAAGGCAAGAUGGAGGCAGAUAUUAAGCGAAUGGUCAGUGCGGACCUGUCUGAUGUGCCCCUCCUGCCAGCCAACCCAAUUCCAGUGGUCAAGAACUCUAUAAAGCUUCGCCUCAGCAGGUAGGAGAGAGGACAGACAGACGCAUCUACUCGCCUCCCCGGCCCCCAUACCCUGAACUCUACUGUGGAUGUCCUAAGACAUUCUCAGUCCUCUGCGGAAUGCCCACAGUGCUGCAGAUAAAGACAGACAGACAACACAGGCGACUAGACAGACGUCACUCUUUUCAACCAGGGACAUUGUCAGUUGACAUGUAGGACGUAGCUGCAACUGUCUCCACAAGAGGGCGAUGUUGCUCUUCUGCUGAAUUCUCCUAGGUGGCUUCCAACCUAUACCUUACUGGUUAAAGGGUAGAAGUCGUCCCAUAGACACAGAUCUAGGAUCAGCACACCUUCCCCUGAGUCUUAGUAAAACACAAAACGGACCCGAGAUCACCAUGUCGGCAUCUUCAUCCUACUCCUUCCAAAGCUGCUGGUUACCAGGAAUACACAACGUGACAUAGAGAUGUCAUCUUUCCUGUGCAUGCAGACGUGUGUUCUGUGCGUGUAUGUGGAUGCUCAUUGGUUCUCUCUCUUCUUCGCUCCUCUUUGUGUUGUCCAGAGAACAGACGAUGACGGAACAAGUUCUGACUAAUGAUAUUGGGAUUUCUUUGUCCCAGUGGUUUACGGUGUGUGUGUGUGUGAGUGAAGCACCUUGGUAUGAUGUCAAAACGUACUUUGAGUAAUAAAGAAGAGCAGAACGGAAAAUGAAGAUUGGGUCAGUGGUGUUAGAUGUCUUCCUGUUACCGUUGUGAUAUACUGUAGUGUAUAACAGAUGACAGGUUGCGUCAAAGGUAGUACACUAUUAAAGGGAAUAGGGUGCCAUUUGGAACGCCCAAGCUAAUCACUGUCGGUCAGUCAACUGUUGGGAUGUGAGGUGGCCUUUGGGGUUGUAUGGAGAUGUAUAGAAAAGGGUAUGAGGAUGUUUGAGAUGCAUCUAAAAGACAUGGACACAGUCAGACACAUGCAGCUCACGCUCGCUAAAGGAACUAGCUCAGGUUUGAGAACAUACACAAUAACUUUGACCAAAAACAGCUCACAACUUCUGUGCGAACAGAAUAGCUUAGUCUCUUCAGGAUAGUUUCCUGUUUUAUUAGUCGUAUGUACAGGAUACACAUGGAAAACAUCGUCUGACAAAAUGCUAACUGGUUCCUCCUGGACAAUGCAACAACAAUAAUAACUAAUAAAAGAUAAGAAUAGGAACAUGAAGUAGAUGGCUCAGUAGAAUAGAACAACUUUUUUUUUUUUUUGAAAUCAUAAGUAUAAUAACAGGAUGUCACAAUUUAUAGUACAAUAUUUGGACAGGGUAGGAUAGUCAAUAGCGAUACAGGUUAAGAGUUGAGUUCUACAGGAAGGUUCAGAUUAUAUCAGAGGAGUGCUAUGGCUGGCAUAUUGAGUGGAGAAGUGGUCUGGUGUCUGAGUAGACCAUUUAGUUAUAUAUGCAUAGAAUUAGAAUGAAUAGAACGGGCGUACUACCUCUGACCAUUCUAUUCAUUCUGAUUCUAUGUUUACAUGCAUUGUACAGUAACUGUUAGUGUCAUGUACCAAAAACAUUAAAAUGAUGAAAAACAAUGCUUUUUCUUUUGCGUGGCACAUAUAAGACUUGAGCUUUCGCAUUGAUGGAUUAUUUGAAUGUUGCAUAAAGUGGUUGCGAUUUGAAUAGAAAUAUAAUUACUCAACCAUCACACAGAAGGUUAAGAGCACCAGGUUAAGAGCACCAAUGUUCUUUGUUGGCUAUUAAUUUCUGAUUUACUAGGUCAUAACAUAAUUGGAAUGUGCAAGAAUAGUCGACGGGUUGAAAAGUUGAUAGUAUUGUUAGAGAACGACGCAACAGUUAUUUUUGGUUCACUGUUUUUUUGAAAAGUUUUAAAACAACGUGUACUGAAUUUUCACUUUCUCAAUAUUUUGUUGAUGUAUUAACAAAAUGUAGCUUUUGUCUCGAUUGUUUUGUGCUAAUUGUGUGGGACUCGUAUGUUAACGAUGAAUCUGAAUUUAGACCACUGUCAACCUAUGGUGCGUUAAUCUACAUGAAUAGAUACUUUUCUUCAAUGACGAAACAUUAUUUCCCGUUCUUACAAUGCUCUUUUUCAGUUAAGUUUUUUCUUGGGUGUAUUUGUAAGGACGAGGUAUUGUACUUUUUUCCCCUCAAAAAUAAAGCUCUACGUUGUUGCAAAGA